ACACAGCUUGAAGUACAGCUACAGCCUCUCAUAGCAAAGCUGAGCUAGUCGGUCACCCGCCACUGAAACCUUGGCCACCUUGCAAGUUGGAAGAGCGGUCGCUGUCUCCCUUUCCCCGCCCUUGGCUGGCUGGGAUAUUCGGGGUCUCGCUGAGCCAGGAUGGGGCCGGAGCCCGAGGAAACCCGGCACAACUCGGGCUGACGCUCGCAUUUGAUUUCUCUUGCAGCGGGCGAAGAUGCCUUUCCACCCUGUCCACACCGGCCUCUUGUACAAAGGGAAUAAUUACCUGAGCGGAUCGCUGUCGGACGGGAGCGAGAGCGAACAGUUGGCCAACAUCUCGGAAGAGGAGUUAGACGAAAUAAGAGAAGCCUUUCGAGUAUUGGAUCGUGAUGGGAAUGGGUUCAUUUCAAAGCAAGAGUUGGGCAUGGCCAUGAGAUCCCUGGGCUACAUGCCCAGUGAGGUGGAACUUGCAAUCAUCAUGCAGAGGUUGGAUAUGGACGGUGAUGGACAAGUGGAUUUUGACGAAUUUAUGACAAUACUCGGCCCCAAGCUUUUGUCAUCUGAAGCGCGAGAAGGUUUUCAUGGCAGCACAAUAGACUCGAUAUUUUGGCAGUUUGAUAUGCAGAGGAUUACACUGGAAGAACUGAAGCACAUAUUAUUUCAUGCAUUCCGGGACCAUUUGACAAUGAAAGACAUCGAGAACAUCAUCAUCACGGAGGAGGAGAGUCUGAAUGAAAGUUCAAGUAACUGUCACGCUGAGUUUGAAGUGCAUUCGCAAAAGAAGAAUAGACAGACGUGCGUGAGGAAGAGCCUGAUUUGUGCGUUUGGAGUGGCUUUCAUCAUAAGUGUCAUGUUGAUUGCAGCAAACCAGAUACUCAGGAACGGCAUGGAGUAGCUUCCUAACGGGCCACCCGCUGCCGUGAGCGGACAGCACACGAUCCCAACAGUGGGGAAACUCUAGUGGACUCCUGAAUUAGGAACACAGCAACCUGUAUAUAGGAAUAGAAGAUAUUUAUACCGGGGACACGGAGCCCAAAUGGAAGCGAUUCCUUUUAACUCCACAAAUAUAGGAUCCCACAAACAGGGGUCAUUCUUUUAUAAAAAGGGCUGAAUUAUUAAAGACUGGUUUUGAUACUGCAAUAAGAUGCAGAAGUUCUGAAUUAUAGCAAUGGUUGGGAGUCGUGAUAUGGCCCGGGGAAAUUUGUUUCCCAAGGUAGGAAAACGAUCAGUGCAACAGUGAAGUGCUGUUGUUGGCUUUCUCUCCAACAUCUUGAAGCCUCACGGUAGUCUCCAGCUAUCUCCUGCUGAGUCAUGGAUUGUGUGUGUGAGUCUGGUACACGUUUUACAGAAUUAGAUACAAUUCAAGUUUCCAGUGCUGUGGAAUCUAUUCCUGUUUGCUUUGCAGAAGCUGUAAGAUGAUAUUGGGAUGGACACAAGGCUUGAAGCACUGAUUUGCGUCAUGACUUAGACUACUGCCAGCGGAUAGGAGCCAGGCAAACACUGUCCUCUGUUGGUGCAAACGCUAAACUCAAUGAGGCUAAAAAUGGAGCAAAAAAUAGUCGCUGAUUUUGUUUCACAAUGAAUAUUUUUUACUGUCUGUAAACGUGCCAAUGCCUAGCAAUAGCUCCUGUUGCCUCCAGCAAAAUCAGCAUUACCUAGUUUACUUUAUGGUGCUGCUAAUAUCAGUGUUGUCAUCAGUGACACAGAGGUAAAGAGAAAGGGCAGCACGGUGGCACAGCGGUAGAGUUGAUGAGACCCGGGUUCGAUCCUGACUAUCUGUAUGGAGUUGCACGUUCCCCCCGUGACCUGCGUGGGUUUUCUCCGAGAUCUUCGGUUUCCUCCCACGCUCCAAAGAUGUACAGGUUUGUAGGUUAAUUGGCUUGGUAUAAAUGUAAAUUGUCCCUAGUCUACGUAGGAUAGUGUUAAUGUGCGGGCAUUGCUGGUCAGUAUGAACUAGGUGGGCUGAAGGGCCUGUUUCCGUGCUGUAUGUCUGUAUCUCUAAACUAAACUAAAAUAAAAAGGUGCCCCUAAUUUAAGCUAACUAAAUAAACAAGCAAGGGAAUACAAAAUUAUUUAUUUAUGAUUAUACUUUUUAUGUCUUUACAAAAUUCAUUAAUUGCUUUACUCAAUCACUGAUUUACACUUUCCCUGCCACUGUUAUCUAUGGGUAAAAUAAUUGAUGGUUUGUCUAUUAAUUAGUAAACAUGGUUACAAGUCAUUUCAAUGUUACAUCCAUAGCCUAUGUGCUUACACACAUAUUUAUUAGUAGUUUAGACCUCAAGUCGGCAGCGCUGUUGAAUGUCUCGUUUUUCACUUAGUUUAGAAUUAGGUCUGUCCAAUUACUGUUGGCGACCCUCAAUUUCUUAAACUAAACUUCAUAAAACUUGAAGCAGUGUAGUUGCCGAUGGCAACGUUUCACAGGAUCCACAGCAGAUCCCAAAAAUUCCCUGUUUAUUUUUUUAAUAACUAACCACAAAAAUAAAAUGGAUGAUUUUGUCAUUAUUGAGCUCUCAAAAUGUAAUUUACAGAAAGGAUAUGUUCUCCCUCCCGUACCCUGAUUGUGUAUAUUGAUAGAUUAUACUCGAAACAUCACCCAUUCCUUCUCUCCAGAGAUGCUGCCUGUCCCGCUGAGUUACUCCAGCAUUUUGUGUUGAUAAUAGAUUAUUGAAGGUCAUGUGCCUAAAGUAGACAAGGUAAAUAUGAUGCAGUUUUGGACAGGGGUUCAAUUUUAUGCUGCCUGAACUGAGGUCAAGGUAAUCCCAGAAAGAUCAGGAGUAGACAAUAGACAAUAGGUGCAGGAGUAAGCCAUUCGGCCCUUCGAAGCAGCACAGCCAUUCACGCUGAUCAUCCACAAUCAGUACCCCGUUCCUGCCUUCUCCCCAUUCUGAGACUCAGGUCCAGCCCCUCAGUGACUGCUCCAAAUACUCCUAGAGGAAGCAAAUGGGCUGUGGGUGAUGUGAGCUGAUGCCUUGGUGAAGUGCUCCAUCUAGUGGCGAGUCAACAAUAGACUUCAGUCUUUACAUUCCAUUAAUGUAACUCAGCGGGUCAGACAGUAUC